AUGUCCUUUUGGAUCCUGCUUCUUGCUUUCCCCGUAGCCGUGGCAAGCACGGGAUCGAGCUGGCGAUAUGGCGCAUUCAUCGACGGAGGAAGUGAAGGAUCCCGCAUCUACAUCCUCAGAUGGAAGCCUGCAGACACAAACCGUGUGAUUAUCUCUCCCGAGACUGUCGGCGAUCGGAGUACAGAACCUGGCAUUGCUUCCUUCGCGCAGCACCCCAGUAGAGCCGGAGAGUCGCUGAAGCCCUUGAUGGACUACAUGAUGCACACCUUGAAGCACGAAACGGCAAACUGGGCUCAGACGCCGAUCUAUCUUCGUGCGACAGCAGGGAUGCGUCUGCUUUUCCCAGAUCAGCGCGAAGCGAUUCUGGAGGACAUUCGGUCAUUUUUCCGAACACUCCCUUUCAUGUUCCGCAAUGACAUGGCUUCUGUUGCCACCGGCGAGGAGGAAGGCGUUUUCGGCUGGAUCUCUGCGAACUACCUUCUUGGAAAUCUGGAGCCCGACCGUACGCCGGCGACAAACACCACCGUGGGUUCCCUCGAUUUGGGUGGAGCCUCUGCGCAGAUCGUGUUCAUGCCCCAGAAGUCCAUCAUUCAGCACGAGUUUCCCUUGAAGCUCGGCCCGCACCGGCUUCAGCUUUACUCCUUCUCCUUCCUUCACUUCGGAAUUAGGGAGGCUGCUCACAGCACAGCCAGCAGAGUUAUUUCUGAUGCCCUCCUGGCGGUGCAGUCGGAGACAGAAGUUUAUCAUCCUUGCUUCGCCAAAGGCUACAUCUACACACCGAAGUUCUCGUAUAGUGCUGCCAGGUUUCCAGCCAUCAGAGUGAAGAUGCAGGGGACGAGCGACUUUGUGCAGUGCGAGCAGCUCAUCAUGAGAAUCUUCAACAAGGACGCUCCAUGCUUGGUGGCGCAAUGCUCCUUCUAUGGGGUCUACCAACCACGACUUUAUCGAGAGAAGUUCCUGGCGUUCGCGCACUUCGCGCUCAUCGCUAGAGAUCUUGGGCUUCCCGAAACAGCGCAACUUGAAGAUUUCAGAGCUGCCACACAGUACGUGUGCUCUUUGACCAUCGACAUCCUCAAUUCCCUCUUCGCCCGCGUUGAGGACGACUAUGAUCGAACUCACUUAUGCUUCCAUGCAACCUUUGCCUACGUCCUGCUCAAUUUUGGCUAUGGUAUGGAGGAGCAAAACAAUCUUGUUUUCAAGACAUCACACGCCGGCAAGCCGAUAGACUGGGCCGUGGGUGCGAUGAUCUACGAAAUCAAUCAGGACAUCCGGCUGUCGUCCCCACUUACCAACGUGAGUGUGGCGAACUAG